UCUCAUCCAAACAAACAACUUCAAUGGUCAUAUCCCAUCCAGUUCUCCGUCGGUUUUGGACUUGUUAUCACCUAUAAAGGCCUCAACUUUUAAUGAGGCUUCAGCUCUCGCUCGCUUUGGGUUUCUCUCACUAAAGAUGGAGGCCAGAUGUUCUUCCUGCUUCUUCACGGCGCUGUUGCUGUGUCGGUUGGCAGGCAUGGCUCAAGCAUCCUGCGAUUUCCCGGCAAUGUUUAACUUUGGAGACUCAAACUCCGACACCGGCGGCCUGUCAGCUGUGUUCGGCCAGGCCCCGUGGCCUGAAGGCGAGACCUACUUCCACAGCCCUGCCGGGAGGUACACUGAUGGCCGCGUCGUGGUAGACUUCAUAGCUGAGAGCUUGGGGUUACCGUAUCUGAGCGCGUAUCUCAACUCAGUGGGCUCGAACUUCAGCCACGGAGCCAACUUUGCGACUGCAGGUUCCACCAUUCGGCCCCAGAACACGACCCUUCAACAGUCGGGGUUCAGCCCCAUCUCCCUGGACGUUCAGUACAACGAGUUCUAUGAGUUCCAUAACCGAACUCCAGUGGCUCGUCAAAAAGGAGAGGUCUUUGAGAAGCUGUUGCCCAAGGAAGAGGUUUUCUCUAAGGCUCUGUACACCUUUGAUAUCGGCCAGAAUGACCUCACGGCUGGGUACUUCAUGAACAUGUCUACCUCCGAAGUGAGAGCAUACCUUCCCGACGUCCUAGGGCAGUUCAAGAACAUCGUCUCGUAUGUGUACAGCCAAGGCGGCAGGUUCUUUUGGAUACACAACACAGGCCCGGUCGGUUGCCUCCCCUAUGUGAUGGAACGGGUACCGAUCCUGGCAUCACAAGUGGACCCCGUCGGCUGCGCGUCUCCUUUCAAUGAAGUGGCUCAGGAUUUCAACCGCGGGCUGAAGGAGGUCGUGAUGCAGUUGAGGCAGGAGUUGCCCCAGGCGGCGAUCACGUAUGUCGAUGUCUACUCGGUGAAAUACUCCCUGAUUAGCCAUCCCGAGAUAUAUGGGUUCAAGCAUCCGUUGAGGACUUGCUGCGGCCACGGAGGAAGAUACAACUAUGACAUCCACAUGGGAUGUGGCGCAACGGCGAUGGUGGACGGGGAGGAAGUGAUGGUGGCAAAGUCCUGCGACAAUCCGGCGCUUCAUGUGAAUUGGGACGGAGUCCAUUUCACUGAGGCGGCUAACAGGCAGAUCUUCAAACACAUCAGGAGUGGCUUAUUCUCCGAUCCACCUGUUCCGCUGAGCUCGGCUUGCCUGAGGAUGCCUCCGUCCUGAAGCGGACAUGAACAUGUGGUCUUCUCUUGCUGAAACUCGUUAUGUUGUUUCUUUCCAGUGCUGCUUUUGGGCUGUUUUCAGUUUGCGGUUUCGCGGGAAUGCAAACCAGGAGAUACAUUUCCGACAUUGAA